AACACAGAGACCAAGUUGACGCUAUGUCCCGCGCACAGCCUUCUUAAGCCCCUUCCCCCGAUUGUCUCUAGGUCAUUUUAACUCAACCGGCAAACCUCAACCGGUCCUGCGAGUGAAGGGGAAGGUACCUUAAAACAACUGAAGAUGGGUGAUCAAGCUAUUUCUUUCGCUAAGGACUUCUUGGCUGGUGGCAUUAGCGCUGCCAUAUCCAAAACAGCUGUUGCCCCCAUCGAAAGAGUGAAACUUCUGCUCCAGGUCCAACAUGCCAGCCAACAGAUCACGGCUGACCAGCAGUACAAGGGCAUCAUGGACUGCGCCAGGAGGAUCCCCAAGGAGCAGGGCUUCCUGGCCUUCUGGAGAGGUAACCUGGCCAACGUCAUCAGAUACUUCCCCACCCAGGCCCUCAACUUCGCCUUCAAGGACAAGUACAAGAACGUGUUCCUGGACGGCGUGGACAAGCACAAGCAGUUCUGGCGCUACUUUGCUGGUAACCUAGCGUCGGGCGGCGCCGCCGGAGCCACGUCGCUGUGUUUCGUCUACCCCCUCGACUUCGCCAGGACACGCCUUGCCGCUGACGUGGGCCGGGCCGGGGCCAGUCGAGAGUUCAAAGGCCUGGGAGACUGUCUGGUGAAGAUCUCCAAGUCUGACGGUAUCAGGGGUCUGUACCAGGGCUUCAGCGUCUCCGUCCAGGGUAUCAUCAUCUACAGGGCUGCCUACUUUGGUGUCUAUGACACGGCCAAGGGCAUGCUUCCCGAUCCCAAGAACACACCCAUCUACGUGAGCUGGGCCAUCGCCCAGUCAGUGACCGCCGUGGCCGGUUUCGUGUCCUACCCCUUCGAUACCGUCCGUAGACGCAUGAUGAUGCAGUCCGGCCGCAAAGGAGCUGACAUCAUGUACUCCGGCACCAUGAACUGCUGGACGAAGAUUGCACGUGAUGAGGGCGGCAAGGCCUUCUUCAAGGGGGCGUGGUCCAACGUUCUCCGAGGCAUGGGUGGCGCUUUCGUGCUGGUUCUGUACGACGAGCUGAAGAAAGUCCUAUAAGUCGUCGCCGUUCGUGUCCACGGUUUCUGUUGUGACGACUGUAACAUAUCUUGUACAUUUGAAAGAACUGAAAUACCACUGUAUUUAUAGGGACCAGCUAGUAUGUUCUUACUAGUUGUAGCGGGGAGUCUAUUAUGCACUACUUUGUUGGCCACGUUUGUUUGUUUCCGACCACCUGAAUGUUAAUCCUUCACCAAAGGAAUGUAAAAAUAAAGACAACCUUCUAAUUUAAA